UUCUUUUCUUUUUCCUUUUCUCGUAUCUGCUCCACAGGCAAAACCUCGUCCACGCUGAAUGACGAGUAAAGGAGGCCGUUCAAGGUUUACCUUUUAGCCCAAAAUGACUGACCCGAGCCGCCCGCCCCCUUUUUCCUAUCCUUCUCAUUCUUCUUCUGAUACGCGAGAGACAGACCCUACAGGUGACUGGACAAUAUCCCAGUUCUCGCAAACGCUCGUUGGGUUUCCAGUCAGCUUUGGAGCGAUUUCUGGCUCGACUGAGAACCCCGCAGGUGCGUUUCGCACCACCACGCCAUCUACGACAGGUGAACGGUCUAUCAAUGCCAAGGUUCCAAUUCCCAGGACGACGACCUCCAUCAACUGGACUAGCAGUGGACGGGUCAGUCGGGCGUGCGAGAACUGCCGGGAGCAGAAAGCCAAAUGUAGCGGACAUCGCCCAACUUGUCAACGAUGCCAGGAGGCUGGCGUCCGUUGCUCUUAUGGUGACCGGAAACGAGAGAAGAUGGCCAAGCAGCUGAAUGAUCUGACAACCGAAGUUCAGGCUUACGAUGAAUUAUUACGUGACAUCCAUCCCGAGUUGGAUACCAUCUUAGCACAGAGGGUUGAGCAGGUUCUGAAUGAAUUCUCCAGCCCUCAGACGUCAACGCCUCCAUCUGCGCCCGGAACAAUAUCUGGUCCUGUCGGCACUGCCGCAGUUUCCUCUCUAGGGGCGAUAGAUUAUAUCGAUGAAGACUACAACCGUGACGAAAAAGUACAGGCCUUGGGCUUUGUCGGGGAGCACUCCGAGAUUGCCUGGCUGUACAGAUUGAAACGGAAUCUUGACAAAGAUAACCUUGCAGCUGCAACUCCAGACUCCGUUUCACCGAAAGAUUCCUGGGAUCGCCAUUCAGUCGCCUCUGUGAAUUUCUUCUUGGACGACUCGCAGAUUCUCGUCAUAGACGGCGUGGAUUUAAUGCAGAGACCCCCUCAAGCGGUUGCUGACAAGCUCGUGGAUCGUUAUUUUCAAAUCAUUCACCCGAGUUUCCCAAUAAUCGGCAAAGUGACGUUCUGGGGACAAUACGAAUCGUUCUAUUCCAGCCCGUUUAUUCGGCCCGGUAAAAGGUGGAUGGCCAUACUGAAUCUGAUUUUCGCCCUUGCUGUGAGAUAUUCAGAGCUGGCCCACGAAAGCGUCGAUGACACUAUACACGAAGACCAUGUGGUUUAUUUCUCGCGAGCGUGGAAGCUUAGCAUGGGCGACGUAGCUUUGCUGGAUCACCCGAACCUACAACAAGUGCAAGUCGAAGGACUGACCUCAUUUUAUCUCCUGUCCAUGGGACAAAUUAAUCGGUCCUGGAGAAUUUGUGGCAUUUCCAUCCGUUCCGCUGUUACCAUGGGAUUGAAUCUUCGAAACGAGAGCAAUAGUAUCGGUCAUAUUUCCAAGGAAACGCGGUAUCGAGUAUGGUGGUCGUUAUAUACUCUGGAUGCUUCUCUCUGUGCAAUGACUGGCCGGCCUCCCAGCAGCAAUGUCGAAUUUUGCACAACUCCUCUUCCAGUCCCGUUUAUGGAGGAACAAUUUCGGGAUGAGACCAUCGCACAGAUAAUCACAGACCAGGAGGCUCGGAAUGUGUUCAUGGGGAUGUUUUCUACAAAUCGUUGGGGGAGAUCUCAAACAGAGAGCAGCGUCACUCCCGAGCAGCCAGGGAAUCUGACGCCAAACAGGAAUAAACAAUGUGAGCAACUUGCGUUCAGUUCCAUGGAGACCCUCACACCGAACAUUUCGCUAUACUUUCUCUAUUUCGUUGAGUUAGGAUUGACCAUGCGGGAGUCUGUUGACACAUUGUACGCUCCAGGAGCUGCUCGCAAGUCAUGGCGCGAAGUUGAGGCAGCGAUUUCUGCUUUGAACAGCAAGGCUGACGCCUGGCUUUCCAAGCUACCAGAAACAUUCCGGUUCACAGGGCCACAGGGGGAUGUAGCUUUCGAGAGACAAAUCUCAAGCCUCGCUUUCCGCUACUACAGUACCAAACUGAUCAUUACGCAACCUUGCCUCCGCCAUGCUGCCCGUCAAGGUGGCACUCCGUCACCCGGGAAUUUCUGUGAUACGAUGACCGAUCAAUGCGUCGAUAUUGCUACUCAAAUGCUCGCCUUACUCCCAGAGCCACCGGAUUCGUCGUGGCUUUACCACAUCGCGCCCUGGUGGUGCGUUCUGCAUUAUCUGAUGCAAGCAAUGACGGUGCUAUUAACAGAGCUAUUUCUUCGGGCGAGACCGGGCACGCUACAAUACCGAAAGGUGCAAGAGAGCGUCGACAAAGGGAAUCGGUGGUUAUCCGACAUGUCCGGGAGGGACGCUUGUUCCCAGCGCGCGUGGCUUGUGUGCAACGACAUCUUGUCCCGCUACAGCCCCGAACUCGCCUUUCAGGCUGAUAUCGCCAUGAAGAAUUAAACACUCUUGUGUUCAGAUCCGUCUGCGCCGGUUGGUCUUUAUCACCCACAGGACCAUUCCGAAUCCAUACGAUAACCGCCUGGAAAACUCCGAACGCCAUUUCCUACUUAUACCCUCGUCAAAA